AUGACUGCUGAUAAGCCCGCGCCCAGUCCUACGGGUGUUGGUGCUGGAUCCCGAACCCACAAGUCCUGCGAUGCUUGCAAGUCACGCAAGGUUCGCUGUCCUAUCGCCGGACAGCUUCUGCCAACAAAUUAUUCGCCAUCGAGUAAUCGACCACCCAGUCUCCCAGACGCCAAAGCCGUGCUAGACUUGUCGACAUCAGAUGGAGAGGCCAAGCCACUCGUCCUCCCUGAUCGCACGUCGCCAAAGUCUCCUCCCCACCGCAUCCAAGAACUCCACGUCGAUCGCGUCCUAGCACGAGCACAGAGGCCAAAGACCUCUACUGGAAGAGGCCAGGAGGAAACCAUGUUUGUACCACGCAAUGGCAUAUUUGGUAUUGAAGCGCCACAUGCCCUCAGUGGCCUACACGUACUAACAGGUCAAGGGGGCCGGAACAGCCUCACGUUCUUCUCCGACAACAGGCUACUCUCCCUGUCGACGCGCCUCCAGAAUCAGAAGGUGAACGAGCUCGUUGGUCGAAUUUCUGUCAUUGUCAAUGGACGUCUUCGUCGCACCGACUCGGCAGCGACGAAUCCCCGGAGGACGCAACCUCCCGAUAUGGGGACCGACAGAGCGCGUGCCGCCUUGUACAUCCGCCUCUACUUUGAGCGAGUGCAUCCCAUGUUCCCGUUCCUUGACCGGACGACUUUCGAGACUACAGUGUCAAGUCCCAACUUCCCCAAUCUCCUCGAACGCAGCAAGCCAUGGUGUUGUCUCUACCACAGCGUCCUUGCUCUAGGGUCCCAGUAUGCUGAUGGAGGGACAUUCGAGCCUGGUAAGGGCGAGUCGUGGCGGCUGUUCUCUAUCAGCUUGAGCGGCUUCUCGGAGCUCCUGCUGCUUCCUGAUUCUCUCACCACCUUGCAGGCAUUGACGGCCAUGUCUGUCUAUGGCUUAGGGAUCUCGGGCUUGGCUGUUGAGCCUGUCAUCAUGUCAGAGGCGGCAAGACGGGCUCAGAUGAUGUCCAGUCAUAGCUUUACUGGUCCAACAGCUCACGCUUACCAGAAGUCUUUCUGGAUUCUAUAUGCGGUUGAGAAAAUCACCAGCUUCCACUUUGGGAGAAGUUCCGUAAGUGCUUGGAAUUUCCCUCUCUUUACCACGAUAGCGUCAUACUAUGAUGGAUGCACACUUCUUGUUUACUUGCUCUGCACUGCUGACAACGAUAAGGGAUUCGUCGAUAGCGACAUAUCCUGUCCCAUCCCCGUCGUCCCCGAAGCAACAUCGGGAGACUUUAGCUGGUUCCUGCACCUAGUGCGUUUCGCUCGCCUCCUUUCUCGAGCAUAUACAUCACUCUUCUCGGUCGGCGUGUCGGGCAACUCCGACUCGUACUAUCUCGACGUAAUUGACCAAUUAAACGGUGAACUCGAAGAAUGGAGAGCAUCUCUGCCAGACAAUGGCUUCCGCCCGGGUGGAAUUCUACGCCCUCAAACCGUAUCCGGUCCUAAUGCGAGAUCACUCGCUCUCAUUCUUCAUUAUCUUUACUACAGCAUGUUACUGACUCUUGCGAGAACUACGCUGUGCUAUUUGCCUGUCCCUGAGACGCCGGCGGUGAAAGCGACAAAGGACGACAAGAUGAAGACCAUUUUGAAUGCAUCGAGGGCAAUUUUGGAGUUGACUACGAUGAUUGAAGUUGAGCCAUACACGGUCACAUGGGUCCUUGCGGGAAUCCCUAUUACCGCACUUUUUGUCUUAUUUGACCUUGUGAUUCAUGAUCCUCGGCAGCCAGAUACAGGCACCAACCUGGCUCUGCUCGACAUGGUUGCUGGUCACUUCAGUCGGAUAGAGUAUGCCAGCGGCGGCACCGUGCCCGGUUCUUUGAUAGCCGAGUUCGCCAAGAUUGCGCGAGACUACGUGAACGAGAUUCAGCAUGCCGAGGCUGGUUUGAUAAAUCCUGCGAGACCACAUGCACCCACAAAUCCUUCCACGAUGCAAAUGGUACAGCAAUCGUCAGAGCUUGAUGCCAGAAACAAUAAACAAGUGGAUAGGCCAUCUCAGAUGACUUUGGAUCUAUCUGAUACUCUGCCGAGGGAGGCCAUGAUGUCUGGUCCGAUGCAGCAACCAGGAUACACCGACUUUGCGUUCGACAGCGGGAUGGGCCAGGUAUCUCCUAGUGCGCUCAUGGGAACCGACGUGAUGGGAAUCUUUAAUUAUUUCUUGCCCGAUCUGGACCCGAUGUUUUACCAGGGUAUGACGCAGGAGUACGAUCUGCUACCACAGCAGCAUGGAGGGACCGUUCAGAGCAUGGACAAGUGA